GACUAUCUCAUACCACAACACAUGUUUCCAAUGACAAAUAAGUUCUCAGUUAUCAGCCCUUCCUAUUGUGUUCCUAACUCUCUUAACCUACAAAUUAACACAGAGAAAGGUGUUACUUACGACGUAAAGGGUAACCGUGUAUUUUACAUAAAAGAUACUUUGUUCACAUUUCACGGUCGUCGCGUGUUAUGUGAUGAUAAAGGAAGUCCCAUCGUCACUCUAUACAAGAAGAAUGUGACAUUGCACGGGCAAUGCAAAGUUUUCAGGGGUAAUAGCAAUGGUCCCUCUGAGUUGCUCUUUUCGGUGAAGAGAUCGUCAAUAAUCCCGAGUGGGAAGAUGAUUAGAUUAGAUGUCUUCCUUGAAAACAAGAGAAAAGGAAGCAUGUGUGAUUUUAGAGUCAUCGUUCGUGGAAGUAAAAAUUCAUGCACUAUUUAUGCCGGUGAAUCUCCAACUAUUGUUGCCAAGAUGGAGAAUAAUGGAGGCUUCAAAGUCUUGGUCUAUCCCAACGUGGACUACGCAUUCAUAGUGGCACUACUUAUGAUUAUUGAUGACAUCAAAGAUUAUGAUGUGUUGGUAAAUGCGACGGUGAGUGGUGUCCUAACUGUGGCGACGGGGGGUAUCUUACCUAUUCUGACAUUGUUUGAGGGAGAAAAUUUAGAAGAAGAAACCUUAGAUGGAGAAAACUUAGAAGACGAAUACUUACAAGAAGGAGAAAACAACUCAGGUGGAGAAAACUUAGAUGGAGAAAACAACCCAGAAGGAGAAAAUUUAGAUGGAGAAAACUUAGAAGUAGAAAACAACUUCGAAGCUGAAACUUAGACGCAGCUUCGUAAGUGAGUGCUUGUGGUAUUGUUCUCUAAUUGGCAUUAAUGUUUAUGUAGUUUCAUGUCAAUAAUAAUCUGCAUAAUAAAGGUUUUCAUUAAAUGUCAAUGCAGAUUAGCCAGCUGGUUAAAUUCUUAUUAUGUCGUCGAAGUUUUAUUGUUGUAUAUGAAACAAAUUAAAAUUAAAUCUUGGGCAUGAUUUUGGUUAGAACAGGUUGUAUCUUUUCAUUUUAGUGCAUGAAUAAAAUUGAGAAGAUAUUGUAAAUAAAAAAAGAUGUAAUAUUUUUCGUAGUUUUUUUAUAAAAAAAAUUGAGUAAUGAUAUUGGAACA